UGAAGUUGACAGGUAUGUGUUUUUCUGUCAACGUCAAAAGUCACUGUUUCGUCAUCGAAUAUCAUAUGGACUUUUUCCUUUUUGUUUUUCCAGUUUGAACAAAAGUUAAAAGAACUAAAUUCUGGGUGUUUAAAGGCAAUUACUCAGCUAAAAAUACGAGGUCCACAAUAACUGCAAUAAUGGAUGUGGAUAAUGGAGAUACGGGAGUGAGCGGCUCUGUGGACAUAGAACAAUCUUUGCUGCAACAGUUCAGCUGCAUGGGAACCACAGAUAAAGACGAACUUAUCCAACAAUUACAGAAAUUGUUGGGAAGUCCAUCCCAUUUGAACCACAGUACGGCAGCCUUCUUUUUGGACAUGAAUAACUGGAACCUGCAAGCGGCCAUUUGCUCAUACUUAGAUAUAGAGGCGCCCAGUACACUUCCUUCUAUGGGCUUGGUAUCUGACCCGGACACUUCGGAAAACGAAAAUAUCGAACCGAACACCAGGUUUGUGAAGUCUUGGCAUAUAAGCAACACGGGCCUAGAAGCGUGGCCCCCCGGCUGCUAUGUACAGUGUUCAGAUGGCGACAGUUUCGGGGGUACCAAGGUGCAACUGCCCGUGUUACAGCCGGGAGAGGGCACCCACGUGGUUAUCGGGAUGAACAGUCCUUCGGUACCCGGGAUCUAUCAGAGUAAAUGGAGGGCCUGCACUCCUGCCGGAUCUUAUUUUGGAGAUCCGAUGUGGACCAUCCUGACCGUCGUAGAACAAGGCACGAUCGAGCUGACUGAACAAUUAUCGCACUUCAACGAGUUGGGUGCCAUCCCGCCACUGAUGCCGCAAGUUCCUAACCCGUUCGUGCCGCACAGGCUACACGGGGACAGUAAGGAUUCAACACCUCCCGACGGUAUGUUCUAGUGAAACGCGGAGACUUUUUUUUUAUCAGUUUAAUAAUUAUCAUUAAUUGAAUAUAUAUUUUUUAAUUGGGGUUGAA